AUGGACAGAUCCUAUCUCCAACCACACUUCGAUGCUAAGUCAUUGAAAGUCUCCCAACUACGCAACAUCUUGAACCAGCACGACGUAGCGUAUCUGUCCAAUGCUAAGAAAAGUCAAUUGUUGAAGUUGUUCCAUGCCGAGGUCUACUCCCAUCGGGACACCAUCUUGGAGCAACUAGACAAUGAUCUUAAGGUGGAACAUGACGGUAUCAUUGACAUGACCAAGAGUAAGAGAAGAACCACAAAAGCAGAUAAGUCCGAUAGGUCGAUGGAAGUGGACACGGUGAAGCUGGAACCAGAAACGGUGCUGGAAGUGGAUCCCAGUGAUGUGGAAGAUACUAAAGACAAGGAAUCCACUCCGUUCUCCGACAAGAACAUCUUCCAGUCCCCGGCCAGUAGAAGUGGUAAGAAACGUAGGGGUGAAGAACAGGUGAAGGAGGUGAAGAAGAAGGGGAAGGUUUCUGAGCCUGAAAUGAAGACAGUAGAAGCGAAGAUGGAGCCAGAGGUCGUAGAAACUAAGGCCAAAUCGUCAGUUAAGUCCCCUACUGUGUCCCCUACUGUGUCCCCUGCUGCUAAGAAGGUGAAAAGUCCUAAGACUGAAGUAAAAAGUCCAAAGAGCCCAAAAGCUGUGCAAAGUCCAAAAUCGUCACAUGACCAAUCACAUGACACAUCACAUGACGAAAUCAAAUCACCAAAAUCAAGCAAGACAACUCCAAUUAAAGGAACUCCAAAGACCAGCUCAACCAGGGCUACCCCUAAGAGCCCUAGGGCCACCCCUAAGAGCCCCAAGUCCAAAGAGUCCCCAGCUUUGGCCAAAGUUCACAAAUCUCCUCCUAAGAGCACUCCCAAGAAGGGCCGAGUCACCAAAAUCAGUUCCAAGGUAUUGAAACUUCCUGAGUCACCGGUGUUACAGAAGAUAAUCGACGAGGAGUUAGACAGAGCUGAGGAGGACCCACAGGACGAUGCGGUGGAAUUGGUGGUGGAGACGGCACUGGAAUCUAUCGCCAAGUCGCCAAAAGCACCGGGACCGGUCGCCAAAUCACCAAAAGCAUCGGCCCAAUCACCAAAGUCGCCCAAGAUAAGGUCACCAAAGGCUAGGGCAACAAAGUCACCUAAAGCCCAAACUUUAGACGAGGAAACCGCCGCUUUUGAUGAGUUUGUUAAGUCCAAGAACGUUCCAGGGGACCAAGUGGACCCAGUGGACCCACCCAUCGACCCAGCUUCGUUGGGUAUUAAAUUUGGCACCUUAACCGACGACUUCGAGCCCAGGUUCAAGCCCGUUCUGCCGGGAACUCUGUCGUUGGGUGAAGCUCCAUCAUUGGGUGCUGCUAUGGAAGAAAAGGAAGACGAAGAAGACAGCGAUACCGAGGAAUCCCAGGACGACGGUCAGGACGAUGACCAGGACGAUGACCAGGUCGAACACCAGAAAUCCCCCAAAAGCAAACGUUCAAUCCUCCCUAUACUCACCUACGUCGUCACCUGGCUCGUGGUAUCGUCCUUGGGCCUCUUCGCCUAUUGGUACAGAGAACAGACCUUCCUUGUAGGUUACUGUGGCCAGGAAAUCCAAUGGUCGUUCCAUUCUCCGUCCUUUUCUCCCCAAGUUAAUGCCAUCGUCAAUAGUUACUUGGAUACCGCGAAACCAGCGUGCGUGCCAUGUCCUCCCCACGCCAGAUGUUUCCCAUACCUUGAAAUCGGAUGUUUCGAAGAUUUCAUUGAGUCCAAACCAUGGUACUACGACGUGGCACCAUUCAUCAGUCCUAGGGCCAAGAGCUGUGUCCCCGAUACUAAAAAGGCCGAGAAGCUUGAGAUCAUGAUCGAUGUAACGUUGGACAUCUUACGGUCUAAGAAUGCUGCAGUGAACUGUGGGAAUGGGCUUAUUGGCGAGGCUGGGAUGUCUAAGACCGACCUUUAUGAUAUUCUCGUCAGUCUCAAGGCUCCUUACAUCACCAUGGAAGAGUUUGACGAAUUGUGGGAGAGAGCCAUCGUUGAAGUAGAGAAGGAACCAGAAAUUGUAAGGCAAGUCACAACAAAUCAUCACCUUCCGUCCCACCAGGGCCAUCACCACCAGGAACUUGAAGAAGACCUCCACCAGAUUCUUCGAUCAACGUCCUUAUCGAACCUUGAUUUGAAGUGUCAGUUACAGAACACCAUCUUCUCCACCCUCUAUGAGUACAAAAGCUACUUCUUUAUCACCGUAGGCGUGGUGGUGGUAAUGAUGUAUUUACGGUUCAAAUUACACCAGUUUAAGCAAGAACGGGCCAAAGUUAAUGAAAUCUACAACGAAGUUAUCGACAAGCUCAGGACCCAAACCCAGUUCCCCAUCAAGUACGUUGGUUCCAACCAAUUGCGAGAUUUGUUGAUUCUUGAAGAUAACUUGGCCUACAAGUUAAGGUUGUGGAACAAAGUUAGCCACAAGAUCGAGAACAACGCUAACAUCAGCUACCGAUUGAUUGAAUACCACGGAGAAAUCAUCAAAGUAUGGGAAUGGCUUACAGUGUAG